AUGGCAGUCUAUCACUACACAAACAUAUGUGCAAUGCGUUCAAGCAUCUCUGGUUCAUUGCAAUCCUUCAAAGACAACCACACAGCCACGACAGCACAAACGCCAGAACUGGAGAAGCUUGGCCGCUCCAUCAAUCUGAAUGUUUUCCAAGAAUUACUCGAUCUCGACACACCUUGCGAAGCUUUCAGCAAAGACAUUGUUAGCGAGUUCCUUGUCAUGGGUCCGGAGCUUUUGAGCAGUAUGAGCGAGAGCCUUCUACGUGUCAAUCUCUCACAGCUCAACACAAGUACACAAUCAUUACGAUGUGCAUCUCUCGUGCUCGGUCUAACACGCAUCGAGAAAGCAUGUGCACGUAUCGAAACCAUCCUGGCACUUGGUAUCGACCUUCAUUACACUGGUGUCGGUCUUGGUCAGAUCUGCGAGAUCCUCAGCCACGCAGUCAGAGAUGCGCAUUCGCACUUUGAACUGGCGAGAGUGGCUUUCUCAUCAUACUACGACUUGCCGUUAUCUUGGUCUUCGGAAGAUGUCUCUGAUAUCUCUGAUGCGAGUAUCGAGGCAUGA